UGUGUGCUGUGAAUGUGAAGAAGAAAAAGUGUUAAGGGAAAGAAAGAGAACAACAUUGGAUGCUGCUAGUGUUGUUUGUUUUAGCUUUCUAUGCUCUUCAUUAGACAAUUAAUCUUAUCAUUCUGUGUUGUUUGUGUAUAACCAGAUAAACCUUUUAAGGUCUAUGAAAUGUUGUAAUUUCUGUUUCCCUCUCAUAGUGUAUUUGGUUUCUUUCAUUCAUAUUCUACUCCUCUAAGCCACUUCUCUCUCACAAAAUGGCUACCCUUUCUUCGUUCAGUUUUGUACCCUUUUGCAUGCUCUUGUUCCUUGUUUGUCUCACUAGUCCUGCUUGUGUUUCUUCACUUCAACUUUCCUUGAGAAGGCAAGCUUCAAUCCUUGUUUCCAUGAAGCAAGAUUUUGGAGCUGCUAACUCUUCUCUCAGAAGCUGGGACAUGUCAAACUACUUGUCCCUUUGCAGUUGGUAUGGCAUUCAGUGUGACCAUGACAACAGGUCUGUGGUGUCAAUUGACAUAUCAGAUUUGAAUGUUUCAGGGUCAGUUUCACCUGUCAUCACAGGACUCUUGAGCCUUGUGAGUGUGUCACUCCAGGGAAAUGGCUUCUCUGGGGAGUUUCCAAUUGACAUUCACAAGCUACCAAGGCUGAGUUUCCUCAACAUGUCUGCAAACGUGUUCAGUGGGAAUUUGAGUUGGAAAUUCUCCCAGCUAAAGGAGCUCCAAGUGGUGGAUGCUUAUGACAAUGCUUUCAAUGGGUCACUUCCUCUGGGUGUCACUGAUCUCCCAAAGAUCAAGCACUUGAACUUUGGAGGGAACUACUUCUCUGGGGAAAUCCCUCCAAGCUAUGGAAACAUGUGGCAGCUCAAGUAUCUGUCCCUUGCAGGGAAUGAUUUGAGAGGAUUCAUACCAAGUGAGCUUGGGAAUCUCACCAACUUGACUCAUCUUUUCUUGGGAUACUAUAAUCAGUUUGAUGGUGGAAUCCCUCCAGAGUUUGGUAAGCUCACCAAUUUGGUUCAUCUAGACAUUGCAAACUGUAGCUUGACAGGUCCGAUUCCUGUUGAGUUGGGAAACCUGAAGAAGUUAGACACUCUCUUCUUGCAAACAAAUCAGCUGAGUGGUUCGAUCCCUCCCCAGCUGGGAAACUUGACUGGAUUAAAAGCUCUUGAUCUAUCAUUCAACAUGCUCACAGGAGGCAUCCCUGAUGAGUUCUCAGCCCUUCAAGAGCUUACCCUCUUGAACUUGUUCAUAAACAAGCUGCAUGGAGAAAUUCCUCACUUCAUUUCUGAGCUACCAAACUUGGAGACUCUCAAGCUUUGGCAGAACAACUUCACUGGAGUGAUUCCUUCUAAUCUUGGCCAGAAUGGCUGGUUGGUUGAGCUUGAUUUGUCAACAAAUAAGCUCACUGGUUUGGUGCCAAAAUCUCUGUGCCUUGGAAAGAGGCUGAAAAUUUUGAUCCUGCUCAAGAACUUUCUGUUUGGAUCUUUGCCUGAGGAUCUUGGUCAAUGCCACACACUCCAAAGAGUCCGUUUGGGUCAGAACUACUUAACCGGGCCAUUGCCACAUGGGUUUCUCUAUUUGCCUGAACUUUUACUUGUGGAGCUUCAGAACAAUUAUCUUAGUGGUGGCUUACCACAAUCAACAAGCAGCACACCCUCCAAACUAGCACAGUUGAACCUAUCUAACAACCGCUUCUCAGGGUUUCUUCCAGCCUCAAUUUCAAAUUUUCCAAACUUGCAAAUUCUUCUGCUUAGUGAAAACAGACUCUGUGGAGAAAUUCCACCAGUUAUAGGGAGUUUGAAAAGCAUCCUCAAGUUUGAUAUAAGUGUCAACAACUUUUCAGGUACUAUUCCACCCGAGCUAGGUAAUUGUGUCUUACUCACCUAUUUAGAUUUCAGCCAAAACCAGCUAUCAGGUCCCAUUCCUGUUCAAAUUGCUCAAAUCCACAUAUUAAACUAUCUCAAUGUCUCAUGGAACCACCUAAACCAAAGCCUUCCCAAGGAACUUAGGACCAUGAAGGGCUUAACUACAGCAGAUUUCUCUCACAACAACUUCUCAGGUUCAAUACCGGAGGGGGGGCAAUUCUCAAUCUUUAAUUCUACAUCCUUUGUGGGUAAUCCUCAUCUAUGUGGUUAUGACUCCAAGCCAUGCAACCUUUCUUCAACAUCUACUCUGGAGUCUCAAGAAAAAAAGAGUGCAAAACAUGGGGUGCCUGGGAAGUUCAAGUUCCUUUUUGCAUUGGCAUUGUUGGGGUGCUCAUUGGUGUUUGUAACCUUGGCCAUAAUCAAAAGUAGAAAGACUAGGAGGCACUCCAAUUCAUGGAAGUUAACAGCAUUCCAGAAGCUGGAGUAUGGGAGUGAGGACAUCAUAAGUUGCAUAAAGGAAAGCAAUGUCAUAGGAAGAGGAGGAUCUGGGGUUGUGUACAGAGGAACCAUGCCAAAUGGAGAGGAAGUGGCAGUGAAGAAGCUCUUAGGAAUCAACAAAGGAUCUUCUCAUGACAAUGGCCUCUCUGCAGAGAUAAGAACAUUAGGGAGAAUCAGACAUAGGUACAUUGUGAGGUUGUUAGCAUUUUGCUCAAACAGAGAGACCAAUUUGCUUGUCUAUGAUUACAUGCCAAAUGGAAGCUUGGGGGAAGUGUUGCAUGGGAAAAGAGGUGAGUUUCUCAAGUGGGACACUAGGCUCAAAAUAGCUAUAGAAGCUGCAAAAGGACUUUGUUAUCUGCACCAUGAUUGUUCCCCUUUGAUAAUCCAUAGAGAUGUCAAGUCAAACAACAUACUCCUCAACUCUGAUUUUGAGGCUCAUGUUGCUGAUUUUGGGCUUGCCAAGUUCAUGCAAGAUAAUGGUGCAUCAGAGUGCAUGUCUUCCAUUGCUGGUUCCUAUGGCUAUAUUGCUCCAGAAUAUGCAUACACAUUGAAAGUGGAUGAGAAAAGUGAUGUUUACAGCUUUGGAGUGGUGCUGCUAGAGCUCAUAACAGGGAGAAGACCAGUGGGAAACUUUGGGGAAGAUGGAUUAGACAUUGUUCAAUGGAUCAUGAUGCAAACAAAUGGGAACAAAGAGAUGGUGAUGAAGAUCCUUGAUGAGAGGCUACAUCACAUUCCUUUGACUGAAGCAAAGCAGGUGUUUUUUGUGGCAAAGUUGUGUGUUCAUGAACACAGUGUGGAAAGACCAACCAUGAGAGAAGUGGUUGAAAUGCUUGCACAAGCAAAACAACCAAAUACAUUUCAGAUGCAGUGAUCUAGAAUAGUAAAAGAGAACAACUUCCAAAGAAAAGAAUGACUUCUUCCUUGAUACAUAUAUCCUUUGUAUUGGUUUCCAAACUAGUUUGUUAAAUGAAAUUUUAAUGUUAUUUUUCUUUUC